GGAGCAGGCUUGGCCUCUGCGGAGCCGCCCCCUGGCCCUAGUGUCUGACCACACACUGCCCACUCUGCUCCGUCCAGGCUCCAGACUCUUUGCAGCCCAUACCGAGUGUGCCACCGCCACCCGAGCUGGGACGCCGGCCCCAGCGCCCCGCAGGCGGGCGGUGGUGGAUGCGCGGGCGGAAGCCCACAGUAUGGAUUCAGAUUCUGGAGAGCAGAGCGAGGGCGAGCCUGGGACUGCUGCAGGUCCUAAUGUGUUCAGCUCAAAAAGUCUUGCCCUUCAAGCCCAGAAGAAGAUCCUGAGCAAAAUAGCCAGCAAAACUGUAGCCAACAUGCUGAUUGAUGACACCAGCAGUGAGAUCUUUGACGAGCUGUACAAAGUCACCGAGGAGCACACCCAUAGCAAGAAGGAAGCCCACAAGAUCAUGAAAGACUCAAUCAAGGUGGCCAUCAAAAUCGGUAUCCUCUACCGGAACAAACAGUUCAGUCAGGAGGAAGUUGUAAUUGUGGAGAAACUGCGGAAGAAGCUGAACCAGACUGCCAUGACCAUGGUCAGUUUCUAUGAAGUAGAAUACACCUUUGAUAGAAACGUGCUAUCUAAGCUGCUGCAUGAAUGCAAGGACCUGGUCCACGAACUGGUGCAGCGACAUUUGACACCCAGAACCCAUGGACGCAUAAACCAUGUCUUCAACCACUUUGCUGACGUGGAGUUCCUUUCCACCCUCUAUGGUCCGCGCGGAAACUGCAGGCCCAAUCUCAAGAGGAUUUGUGAAGGAAUCAAUAAAUUGUUAGAUGAGAAGAUCCUCUGAACGGCUUCUUGUCUCCUGGGCUUUGCUGCUUUGAAUUUAGAACAUCCAACCUGGUCCCAUAAGAAUCGAGCAGUAACCCUCAUUCCAGACAUUCUAGUUCUAUCCUCUUCAUCCUUCUGAUGCUGAUCCUAACCCAGAUGUAGUGCGUUGACUCUCUGAGCACGGGCAUGAGGUUGCAAGUCUGAAAGAACUGUGUUUGCGAGCUCAAAGAACAGUCAAGGGUUCUAAGCAGGGAGCCUGUUGUGCUCACCACCGUGAGCUCAGUUCAUCUUACAGUGGAAGGCAUCCUGGAUUAGGACACAGAAGACAUGGGCUUGGGUAUCCAUCCUGCCACUAUGGAUUCUGUCUUCUGUGUUCCGGAAACACGAUGCUUCCUGACUACCUCACAGGGCUGUUGUGAGGACCAAACAGGACAAUUCAGACACCAGUGAUUGUAUAUGAGAAAUAGACGAGGCAUAACUAUUCUUGAUUGAUGGGUUUGGUGUCAGUUGUCGUGGCAUAUUUACUAAUCACAGUACCAGAGAGGCUGAAAUAUGAGAAUUAUAAUUUUUUGGUAGUUUGAACCACAGAAUAGGGUUGAGACAAACUUGACCUAUAGAGAGGAAAUGAAAAAGAAAAGGGGAGUUGGAAGAGGAAAAAAGAAAUAGAACAAAAGGAAAAGCAAGAGUUCCUUGCCUGCUUUGAGAGAAGUGAGAGUCAAGGUGACGCUGUUCCCUUACUCUGCACGUGGACUGAGGACACCUGCCCAGGGCCACAGUGAUGACUCUCCGUGUAGCAAGAGCAAUGCUUUCGCUAUCUCCUUGUUCUCUCUGCUCUCUCAGACUCUCCACUUUCGUCUCCAGCUGCAUCUGUUCAGCAGCCUUUCCGCUUCUCCGGCUGUGCUGACGCACUUCCUCCAUGUCUCCUCCUUUCAUUUCAUCUUACACGAGAAACUUGCCAUUUGGAUGAGUAGUUUUCAGUUUCCCUAAUGAGAUGAUAAAGUAUGUUUUGUGGGGUGUGGGGAUUCUGUGCUAAAAUUUUAUUUAUAACUGAUCUGUAAUAUUUCUAAGGAUCUGUUGUGAUGUAAAGCCUCAGUAGCUAUAUAUAUAUAUAUAUAUAGUAUUAUCAAAUAAUGUAAUUAGCAUAUCUAUCACAAAUAUUUAUUUUUUUCCUGAAAGGAUUAUUCAGAAUAUAAUGUUUUAUUUAGUAACUAUUUAGUAACAGCACAUUAUCAUUAUUUGCUUAUAAUAACCCUAUUAUGAAACCGAACAGUAGAAUUUUUUGAUGUAACUAUCAACUUCUCCCAUCGCUUUUCUUCUCCACUUCUCACUCUAUAGUAACUGAUGUCCUACUUUUUCUUUCUUAGGUAUCAGCUUCUGAAGUAUUUCCUGUUUGUGAAUUACACAGUGUUUGUUCAAUGUCUGUCUCAUUGCACUUAACGUAAAGUUUUGUAAUUUCGUCCAUAUUGCUGCAAAUGUCAGAAUUUUUUUUUACAAUAAAAACCAUUCUGUUCUGUUCAAAUGUCACUGUUGCUCAUCUGUCGAUGGUGCUUUGAGUCUUAGCUACUGCAAAUAUUGCUGUAAUAAACAUGGGAGUGCCCGUAUCUGUUUUCAACACGACUAUUCCAUUGAUGUUGCAUAGGUACUCAGGAAUGUGGUUUCUGGGGUAGGUGGUAGCUCUUCCCUUACUUCACAGGGAUCAGCCGCUCUGUGUUCUGCAAUGGCCGCUCUGUGUUGCAUCUGCAGCAACACUAUACAAAAUUUCCCUUUCCUCCUUGUCAUCCUCUGUGUUUUUGAUAUUAUUAUUGGAUCCUCAGAGAAGUAAAAUCCCACUGUGAUUUUGAUGUGUAUUUUCCUAAUAACUAAUGAUUUUAAUCAUUUUUACAAAUAUCUUGGCUAUCAGUACGCCUCUUUUUGAGAAAUUUCUAUUCUCACCUUUUCCCUUUUAAAACUUUGAUUGUGUUUUAAUUUGCUAUCGAGCUCUUUGAUGACAUUAAUAGUAAUCUAUGAUUAGAGUGGAUGGGGAGAGCUGUGUGUGCUGUGGGCGGCAGACACAGAGAGAUGGAACUGCCCAGACCAAGGUCUCAGUCAGUUCCAGAUGUGGGACAUUGAGCUACAGGAUUUAAUUUCUACUGUUAACCUUUGAUUUGGCUCUGAUUUCACUAUCUCCUGGUUCUCUCUGGUCUCCGAUUGGGGCUGUGCCCCGAUUCUUACCUAACUUGCUUGUGACUUUAAAGGAGCCCAAUCUUUGGCAUUUUAGAGUGACUUUGGGUACUUUGAAGAGACUGAACUUUUUCACGCUGUGGGACUUUAAAUGUUAUACCAUGCUUUAUUAUAUUGUGACGUUGAUAUUAAUUUGAGAUCUUAGGGAUAAACAAAAAAGGAAAGGUUAUGAAUUAAUAGUAAUAUUUUAGUAUGCCAGUGUUUAGUAUGACAAGGCACCCGUUGUCUUGGUUGAGUGUUUGUUAACCUGACACAAGCUAGAGUUUUCUGGAAAGAAGAGUAUCUAUUGAGAAAAUGCACACAUCAGAUUGCAGGCAAAGCUCUAGGGCAUUUUCUUUAUUGGAGAUUGAUGUGGAAGGGUCCAGCUCACUGGAAAUGGUGUCAUUCCUGGGUAGGAUACCCAAGGUUGUAUAAGGACUCAGGCUGAGCAAGCCAUGGGAACUAAGCCAGAAAGCAGCACCCUCUGGGGCCUCUGCUUUAGUUCCUGCCUCCAGGACCCAACUCUGAGUUCAUUCACUGAAUUAACUUCAUGAAGGACUUUAAUCUGGGAGGAGAAAUAAGAGCUUUCCUUCCCAAACUGCUUUUGGUCAGGAUGUCCCGUCUCCCCAGUAGUAAACGAAUGAAGAUAAUAGGAUGUAGAGUCCUUUGAGUAUGCCCUGAGAACGACUUGAAAUAUUCGAUGGUGACACCUCCAGGCAUCCUUUUGCUGUUCAGGAUUUUGGUUUUCAUGAGUCUUUCAUAUUUUAUAUAACAUUUAAGGUUUUUUUCUGUAAAGAAUUGCAUUUAAAUUUUGAUAAGAAUUGCAUUAUAUCUUUAAGUUGCCUUUUGUAGGAUGGCUGUUUUUGUAGUAUUAAUCCUGCCAAUCCAGGAGCAUGGGCACUCUUUCCAUCUCCUGGUAUAAUUUUCAGUGUCCUUUUUCAGUGUCUUAAUAUCUUUAUCAUACAAGUCUUUCACUUCCUUAGUUAUAUUUGUUCCAUGAUUUUUUAAGGCUGUUGCAGACUUAAUUGUUUCCCUAAGUUCUUCCUUGAUGUGCUUGUCAUUUGCAUAUAGAAAGGCUAUGUAUUUUUUUAGUGCUAUUUUUGAGUCCUGCUACUUUGUGGAUGUGUUUACCAGGUGUGGGAUAUGUCUCAUGGACUCUUCGGGGUCUUUUAUGUACAGAAUCCUAUCAUCUGCAAAUAAGGAUACACUGAAUCCUUUGUAUCCUUUUUAUUGCCUUCACAUGUCUUAUUGAGCUAGCUAAGACAUCCAGCACUCUAUUAUAUUAACAAAGAGGGGGAGAAACCAGACAUAUCUGAUUUGUUCCUAAUUAAAGGAAAGGCUUUGAGUGUC